AAAACAGUGGACACUCACUGACUGGAUGGUGUAUUUUUGGAAACCAGCUAACGAAACUCGCAACUGACUGGACAGCACCGUGUUGUGAUUUGAACACAGUGUAUGAAACGAGCUCUGGGGAAGAGUGGACUGAAUUCAAAGAAGAUUUCAACACCAGCAGUUAGAAGUCGGGAACAAAACAAACCGAUGGACUGCAUGAGGGGCUGAAUCAUUCACAGGCUAGCCAGACAGCAGACAGUGGAGUUAGGUUGUUAUCUUAAAACGACUAUAAGUAACAUUUAUAUCUGCUGAAUAUUCGUUUACUUGACCCUUAACUACCACUCAGUAUUUCUCUCGUUACCAUGGUCGUGUAGUUACACAAGCGUUGACCGCCGGGGUAGCAAAUUAGCAAGCUAGUGGCUCGCUGUCGCUAGCUAUCGUUGCCAUUACUUGAACUGCUUCAGCUGCUAGCAACAUAAUGUAGCUGAGGUUACAAGACUACAUUCGUAUCAUAUUGUGUUUACUAUAAGUAGCUUUUGAGUUAGGGGUAAGCUCAAGAAUAUGAAGAACAAUGGCCAACUUUGAAGCUUACCAGGAAUAUCAGAGAAUUGAAGACUUUGAGGAGGACUCGCCACCAGGGGAGGAGCAGGAUUUACUGGUGCAUGUGCCCGAAGGCCUAAAAGACUCAUGGCACCAUAUCAAGAACCUGGAUAACUUCUUCAAAAGGAUCUAUCAUUUCCAUCAGAAGAAUGGCUUCGCUUGUAUGAUGUUGUCAGAGUUCUUUGAACUUAUUCAGUUUUUGUUUGUUGUCAUAUUCACGACGUUUCUUGUCAACUGUGUGGAGUAUGACGUCCUGUUUGCCAAUCGAGCGGUCAACCACACCGGGCAGGGCCAGAACCCCUUGGACAGGAACAAGGUCACUCUUCCUGACGCCAUCCUCCCCAGUGAGCAGUGCACUGAAAGGAUUCAAGAGAACAGUUGGCUUAUAUUCCUUCUCAUCAUGGCAGCCAUCUUCUGGCUCUAUCGACUUGUUAAAGUGUUUUGCAAUGUUAUGAGCUACUGGGAGAUCAGGCAGUUCUACAUCAAAGCCCUGAAGAUCAGAAUGGAUGAACUAUGCAACUUCACAUGGCAGGAAGUGCAGGACCGUCUCAUCAGCCUGCAGAGAGAACAGCAGAUGUGCAUACACAAGAAGGAGCUGACAGAACUGGACAUCUAUCACCGCAUCCUGAGGUUCAAGAACUACAUGGUGGCCAUGAUAAACAAGUCUCUACUGCCAGUGCAGCUGCAGCUCCCCCUGCUGGGCAACGUGGUGUUCCUCACCCAGGGACUCAAGUACAACUUUGAGCUCAUCCUCUUCUGGGGCCCUGGCUCUCUGUUUCAGAACAAGUGGAACCUGCACCCCAAGUACAAGCGCAACGGGAACCGGCUGGAGCUGGCGCAGCAGCUCAGCAGAGUCAUCCUGCUCAUGGGUCUGGCCAACCUGCUGCUGUGCCCCUUCAUCCUGGUGUGGCAGGUGCUCUACGCUUUCUUCAGCUACACCGAAGUGAUCCGCAGAGAGCCGGGGAGCCUGGGUGCGCGCCGCUGGUCCCUGUACGGCCAUUUAUACAUGCGUCACUUCAACGAGCUGGACCACGAGCUGCACGGACGUUUAGGCCGCGGCUACAAGCCCACGUCCAAAUACAUGAACUCCUUUACGUCACCGGUGCUCACGGUGCUCGCUAAGAACUUUGCCUUCUUCUCAGGCUCAAUUUUAGCUGUGCUCAUUGCACUGACAGUCUAUGAUGAAGAUGUCCUGACAGUGCAGCACAUCCUCACCGCCAUCACAGUGCUCGGAGUGGUCAUCACCAUCGCCAGGUCCUUCAUCCCAGAUGAGCAUAUGGUGUGGUGUCCAGAGCAGCUGCUGCAGUGCAUGCUGGCACACAUUCACUACAUGCCAGACCACUGGAGGGGACAUGCUAACAAGAGCGAGACCCGCGACGAGGUGGCGCAGCUGUUCCAGUACAAAGCGGUGUUCAUCUUGGAGGAGUUGCUCAGUCCCAUUGUCACACCCUUCAUUCUCAUCUUCCACCUGAGGAACAAAUCUCUAGAGAUCAUCGACUUCUUCAGGAACUUCACUGUGGAUGUCGUUGGAGUCGGAGACAUCUGCUCCUUCGCGCAGAUGGACAUCAGGCGCCAUGGAAACCCAACAUGGAUGUCCCAUGGCCAGACGGAGGCGUCCAUAUACCAACAAGCUGAAAACGGAAAGACAGAGUUGUCUCUCAUGCAUUUCACCAUCAAGACCCCCCGCUGGCAGCCGCCUCAGGAGAGCUCGGUGUUCAUCAGCCAUCUGAAGGAGAAGGUGCACCACGACGCUCAGGGCGGCCCCUCCACCCAGCUGCUGCUCUCUGAGGCCCCGCUCUGCACCUCGCUGCAGUCCAACGGCUCCGGCGCUGCGGUUUUGGGAAGCUUUGUUUCGACACAGGCGCGGCUACUGGGUAUCCCCAUGUCAGAGUACCCAGGAAGUUUCCAGUCACAAAGCGGCCUCGGUUCCAGCCUCUCGAUGCCCACCGCUGUCCACCUUGGAGGCUGGCAGGAGGAGGAAGAGGAGAACGAAGAUGAUCAGGAGAUAAACAGUGGAUCUACUCCAAAACAGGGCACUGGGAGUAGUUGUUGA